AUGGUGAUGUUCUGGGAGCCUGUAGGAGCCUGGUUGGCCCUGGCCCUGGCCCUGGGUGCCAGCAUAGGUGCAGCAGCCCCACGGCAGGACUGCACGGGUGUCGAGUGCCCACCGCUGGAGAACUGCAUCGAGGAGGCGCUGGAGCCGGGUGCCUGCUGUGCCACGUGCGUGCAGCAGGGCUGUGCCUGCGAGGGCUACCAGUACUAUGACUGUCUGCAGGGUGGCUUCGUGCGUGGCCGUGUACCCGCAGGCCAGUCCUACUUUGUGGACUUUGGCAGCACUGAGUGUUCCUGCCCACCAGGUGGCGGCAAGAUCAGCUGCCAGUUCAUGCUGUGCCCCGAGCUCCCACCCAAUUGCAUCGAGACUGUGGUGGCAGCUGACAGCUGCCCGCAGUGCGGCCAGGUGGGCUGCGUGCACGCUGGCCGCAAGUAUGCUGCUGGUCACACAGUCCACCUGCCACCGUGCCAGGCCUGCCACUGUCCUGACACUGGUGGUGAGCUCAUCUGCUACCAGGUCCCCAGUUGCCAUGGAGAUGCCAAGGCCAUGCCCACUGCCACCAGUGGGAACUUCUCAGAUGCUGAGGAGAAUGAACCUGAGCGACACUAUGAAGACCCCUACAGUUAUGACCAGGAGGUGGCUGAAGCAGAAGCCGCAGCGGCUUUGGCAGGCGAGCUUCAGGCAAGCACAGGGGCCCCAGCCACCCUGGGAGGUGGAAGUCAGCCACUGUCUGCCAUCCAGGCCACCCCCUGGCUGGCCGUUCUCCUCAGGCCAACAGCGGCUGCUGCCCUGGGUCCGCCAGCUCCUGUUCAAGCCAAAGCCAGGAGAGUGAUGGAGGACAGCCAGGGGGCAGGGGAGGAGGAGAGGGAGGACAUCGCUGUCAGGGAGCCACUGGCAGCAGGUGGCCUUCGGGGGCUCGAUGGGCCUCCCGGUGCAGGCCCAGCCGAGCCCAGUCUCCCUUUGCAAGAGGAGAAGGCAGAUGCCAGGGCAAGGCCCGAAGAUAACCUUAUCCCAGAUGCCCAGGCCACCCCACAAAGUACUGGACAGGAGGGAGCCAGCCCCAUGCUGGGGUCAAGCACGGCCAGUGUCCUCCAGUCUCAGGCCACAUCGAGUUCUCCCGGAAACCCAACAAAGCCCAGCAGCCACACCAUCCUGACCACACCUCCCCAUGAGGCCACCCAGGUCCCACCUAUCCAGGAAGUGCCCAAGCAGCCACCAGCUCUGCCCCAUCUUCGGCCAGAGGAGGACACUGACCCCAACUCUGUCCAUUCUGUCCCCAGAGGUGACCCUGAAGUCUCCACAAAGGACCUGAUCGAGACUUGCUGCGCAGCUGGACAGCAGUGGGCCAUCGACAAUGACGAGUGCCUGGAAGUCCCUGAGAGUGGCGCUGAGGGUGAUGUCUGCAGGACAGCUCAGAAGCACUGCUGUGCAUCCUACCUGAAGGAGAAGAGCUGCAUGGCCGGUGUUGUGGGGGCCAAGGAGGGCGAGGCCUGUGGGCUUGAGGACAGUGACACCUGUGGCAUCUCCUUGUAUAAGCAAUGCUGUGACUGCUGUGGCCUGGGGCUCCGUGUGCGGGCUGAGGGCCAGUCAUGCGAGUCCAACCCCAACCUGGGCUACCCCUGCAACCACGUCAUGCUUUCCUGCUGUGAGGGUGAAGACCCCCUUAUCGUGCCUGAGGUCCGCCAGGCUCCGGAGCCUGAGUCUGCACCACAGAGAGUUUCAGAGGUGCAGUUGGGGAGCCGGGAGGCCCUGUCACUGGGCAUGGAGACUGAGCUGCCCAAUAGCCUGCCCGGUGAUGACCAGGAUGAGUGCCUGCUCCUCCCGGGGGAGCUUUGCCAGCACCUCUGCAUCAACACUGUGGGCUCUUACCACUGUGCCUGCUUUCCCGGCUUUUCACUGCAGGAUGACGGCCGUACCUGCCGCCCAGACAAUGGCCCCUCACAGCCAGCGGCUGCAGAGGAGUCUGCACUGAGGUCAGAACCCUCUCAAGCGGCCCCCAACACCAUCCUGCUACCACGGCCACAACCCAACACCUGCAAAGACAAUGGGCCUUGCAAGCAGGUGUGCAGCAUUAUUGGAGACACAGCCAUGUGCUCCUGCUUUCCCGGCUAUGCCAUCAUGGCGGAUGGUGUGUCCUGUGAAGACCGAGACGAGUGCCUGCUGGGUGCUCACGAUUGUAGCCGGCGACAGUUCUGUGUGAACACCCUGGGAUCCUUCUACUGUGUCAACCACACAGUGCUCUGUGCCCAGGGCUUUAUCCUCAACGUGCACAGGAAGUGCGUGGACAUCAACGAGUGUGUGACGGACUUGCACACGUGCAGCCGGGGCGAGCACUGCGUGAACACAGUAGGCUCCUUCCGCUGCUACAAGGCUCUCACUUGCCAGCCGGGCUACACUCUUGAGGAAGGCGAGUGCGCAGAUGUGGACGAGUGUGAGCUGGGCACGCACAACUGCCAGGCGGGCUUCACGUGCCAGAACACCAAGGGUUCCUUCUACUGCCAGGCGCGGCGCUGUAUGGAGGGCUUUCUCCAGGACCCCGAGGGCAACUGUGUGGACAUCAACGAGUGUACAUCACUGUCUGAGCCAUGCCGCCCUGGCUUCAGCUGCAUUAACACCGUGGGAUCCUACACAUGCCAGAGGAACCCACUGCUCUGCAGACGUGGCUACCACGCCAGCCAGGAUGGGACCAAAUGUGUGGAUGUGAAUGAGUGUGAGGAGGGCACACACCACUGCAAGGAGGGCCAGGUGUGCCACAACCUCCCUGGCUCCUACCGCUGCGACUGCAAAGCCGGCUUUCAGCAGGAUGCCUUUGGUCGGGCCUGUGUAGAUGUGAAUGAAUGCUGGACCUCCCCUGGCCGCCUGUGCCAGCACACGUGCGAGAACACGCUUGGCUCCUACCGCUGUUCCUGCGCCUCCGGCUUCCAGCUGGCUGCUGAUGGCAAGCACUGCAAAGAUGUGAAUGAGUGUGAGACCCAGCGCUGCAGCCAGGAGUGCGCCAACAUCUAUGGCUCCUACCAAUGCUACUGUCGCCAAGGUUACCAGUUGGCCGAGGAUGGGCACACCUGUACAGACAUCGACGAGUGUGCUCAGGGCGCCGGCAUCCUUUGUGCCUUCCGCUGUAUCAACGUGCCAGGGAGCUACCAGUGUGCAUGCCCAGAGUGGGGCUAUACCAUGAUGGCCAACGGCAGGUCCUGCAAGGACGUGGACGAGUGUGCACUGGGCACCCACAACUGUUCUGAGGCCGAGACCUGCCACAACAUCGAGGGCGGCUUCCGCUGCCUGCUCUUCACGUGUCCUCCCAACUACAUCCGAGUCUCUGAAACGAAAUGUGAGCGCACCACGUGCCAUGACUUUUUGGAGUGCCAGAGCUCGCCAGCUCACAUCACGUACUAUCAGCUCAACUUCCAGACUGGUCUCCUGGUGCCGGCUCACAUCUUUCGCAUCAGCCCGAUGCCCGCCUUUGCUGGGGACACCAUUGCCCUCACCAUCACCCGAGGCAACGAGGAGGGCUACUUCGGCACACGCCGGCUCAAUGCCUACACCGGUGUUGUCUACCUGCAGCGGUCAGUGCGUGAGCCCCGGGACUUCGCCCUGGACGUGGAGAUGAAGCUCUGGCGGCAGGGCUCUGUCACCACCUUCCUGGCCAAGAUGCACGUCUUCUUUACCACCUUUGCCCUGUGAGGUGCCUGCCUGAGCGCCUGUGCAGGGCCGUAGCACUUGGGGUGCCCCUGAUGGUCCCUGUGGCACCCUCCACACCACCCUCCAGUGCACCUCUUUCUGUGGGUGCUCAGCACCACGUGAGUGGGGCCUGGUUAUCAGGGUGGUUUUUGCUACAACUGGAAAAUAGCCUAAUUUUGCUGAAUGGAUUCCUCUCAGGUUCCUGGGAGGGAUCUUGGCAGCAGGAGGUCGAAAGCAACUCAAGGCACUUCAGGUGCCUGUGGGUGGAGUGAGAGGACUAAAGGCUACAUGACGAUUAAAGGCGGGAAACAGACCACGUGGGGCUUUGGACUCAACUGGAUGGCCUGUCCCCAGUGUUGAUAUUCUAUUUCAUGUUUCACUGUGAUUACUUCUCCACUUUAAAAAACCAUCUUAAGUGUUUUUGUUUAAUUAUAAAAGUAGUGCACAUACACUGCAAAAAAUUUCAAAUAGUACAAAAAGGUUAUAAAGUAAAAAGUGACAAAAGAAAAA